UUUUUCUUAGCAUUAUGAAAUUCCUCCACGCGAAAAUGAUGUUGAGAGGUCUACUUUGCAUUAAUGUAGACUUGUAUGAUCUUAAAUCAUUAAAAAAGUUAGUUCAUAAACGAUAUGUUCAGUGGCAUCCAGAUAAGAACGUAGAAAACCCCGAAAAAUAUCGCGAGAAUUUUAUGGCACUGAACGAAAGCUGGAAGGCGUACUGUGCGGAAAAAAGGAAGGACGUCCCUUCUACAAGUCAAGCGGAUAGUGAACCGUCGGAUUUUGAAUGGGAAAGCGAGGACGAGGAAGGUGAGUCUUACAAUAAUACUCCUUUUGACGACGAAUUUUUCAGUAGUAGUCCACCUAAAACAACAUUAGAAUUUCCUGAAUUUAUUAAAGCAUUUUUUCGUAGCAGCUCAAACAGACGAGCUGGAAAAUUAUUUGUUUUAGUUACUGAAACUAUUGCUCAAGAAGAAUGCGAAAAAGUUUACAACUAUAAUAACAAAACAGAAUACUUUGGGGCAUUUAAUUUUAAAAAUUUUACUUUUAUUUUAAUUUUUUACCAAGCGGAAUGGCGUUUGGUCGACCUGAAGAAGGCCCUGCGACUCCUUAAAAUUGAUUUUUUGAUACAGUAUUGCGUAAAAUUUAACCAGUUAUUAGAAACGAUAGUAAUAAAAUGUGGGGAACCGUUUUAUGAGCCAAGUACAGCAAAACGUACAGCAAAAAAUGAAGCAGUUUUAAGCUUCGAUCAUUCAUUACUAUUACAGUAUGCGCACGAGACACAAACGGAAGAUGUUCUCGAUUUAGUAGCUGACUAUUUACAUUUUGCCACUCCGUGUAAUACGCCGCAGGAAUUAGUUACAAAGGAACACGAAGAUUUCCAUCUCAGACACGAAGCCAAUGCUAAACUUUUUUUAAAAUUAGGGGAUAGAGAGCGCGCUGCUAAAAAUGCAGUAAAAACUGUACAAGCUGAAUUAAAACGUAAUCUGAGGUGUAAAACAAAUCUCGAUUAUUUAAACGACAGGUGCAGGGCAAUUGGGGACGCUAUCUUAGAAAAAGACGAUGAAAAUUUAUUUGGAGAAGCAUUUUUGUAUAGUUUUUUUAUUAUUCCUAAAAAUAAAUUUAAAUCCAUUUGUCAGGCAAUUUUAGAUGCAUUUAUAUAUGGUAAACCUAAAUGUAGAUGGGUAGGGCUCGUGGGGGAAUACGGCAGUGGAAAAACAACGUUCGCUUCUACUAUAACUGAAUUAUUUGAGGGAGUAUCUAUAAACCUUAAUGUACCGGUUGGGCGCGUAGCAUUCUAUAUAGGGGCCGCUAUUGGGAAGAGGUUUAUUUUAUUCGAUGACGUAAAGGGCAAAAAAAGUGCGCAAGAAUUAAAUUUAACUCCGGGAGAAGGAUUUAAUAACUUAGACGAUUUAAGGGAACAUUUGGAUGGAAGGAACCCCGUGCAACUAGAAAAAAAAAAUUGUAAUCCGGUGUCGCAGAUCUUUCCAGCGGGCCUAGUCACAUGUAAUAAAUAUGCUAUUCCACCUGCACUGAAAGAAAGAAUUUCAUUUUUUAAUUUUACUCCCUCACCCAUGUAUAAAACACACGAAAUUGAAGUCUCUAUGGAGACAAUGUUCGUAGCCAUGGUUUUACACGACAUGCUGCCAGUUGAACAGAUGGUGCGCUCACAUAUCUUUAGCAAAAGAGAUAGAUGGUUGGCUAAACACGUCGCCAGUUGUGAUUGUAUGAAGAAAUUUAGCAGAUCAAAAACACCAUCGCCUCGUAAAUCCCCCCUGAAAGCAUCUCCGACCUCACCAUUAUCUCGACGAUCGCCUCGGAAAUCACCUAUAAAGGCCUCACCUGGAACACCCUAAGCAGUGUCAUAACUACAGAUGGAUACUCAAACGAGGACCGAGGGGAUGAGAUAGUGCGUCGAUGGAUGGAGUUGCUUAGUGAUGGAUGAGGAACCAGAACUCUUGUACAUAGUCAUCUUUCUGGCUGAAGACGGACUUUUGUACAUAGAUGGCAGGAUAACUCACCUUUCUGGCUGAGGACGGACUUUUGUACAUAGAUGGCAGGAUAACUCACCUUUCUGGCUGAGGACGGAUUUUUCUACAUAGAUGGCAGGAUAACUCACCUUUCUGACGGAUUUUUGUACAUAUUUGUAAAUUAGCAAUAA